AUGGAGGAUAUUCACGGCGUCGACGUCUCAUGGCUCCACCACUCCAACAGAGGUGAGCAGCUUACGCUGGGCACUCCACACCUUUCGGGUCGCCGGAACGACCAUCAUAACCAUCAUCGCCAGCAAGCUCCAUCCUCGCCAGGCCUUACAAGGGACGCUCCCCCACGGACCUCCGCCCAUGGCUGUCUCCCUCCCGAACCCCCUCACGAAGAGCGUAAAGCCCCAGAACCGGCGGCUGCGGUCCAGAAACCCUCCUUCACCUUGCCACCUCCCCCUUCCACGCCUCCUGUUGCGAAGAUGCCGCUGAAGAGACCCGCGCUGCUUAGCCGAGGGAGUUCCGAGAAGGCUGUGGCUCUGACUACCCCGGACGGGAAGUCAUCUUUGAGGAGGAACUCAUGGAUAUCUAGCAUAAGCUCGAAGUUCUCUUCAAUGCAAAACUCACCGGCGCAGACCACACAUGCCCAAGCCCAAGGCUCUCCGGCGAGCGCAAAUGGAGCACAUGGACCUACGUCAUCGGCAAACGGUGCCUUGAAUGGUAUUCAAGCAGCGUCUGGUGGGGGCCAUGUUGGACUGGAACCCUAUGUCCCCCAACAACCGAAGAGCUCAUUCAUCUCAAAUGCGCUUAGGAGAUUGUCUUCCGGGUCGCAGGUGGGGACCAUGGGCAAAGUCACACCGCAAGGCGGCAUGUGCCCAAGGAGGGUCAUGAAUGUUGAUCCAAAUCGGAGCAGGUGUCUGGUACCAGAGCUGGAUCAGAAUAAGUUGCGGCGCGUGGCGUUCUGUGUUGAUGUUGAGAUAGCCGGUGGGCCGAGAUACAAAGACGAUGCAGAUUGCGAAGAGAAAAAGAAGAAACGCAAGGAGAGGAAACUCAAGGAACGAGGAGAGGGUGAGGCACUUAAAAAUCCCGAAAUGCUUGCUGAGGAGAAGGAACAAGCGGAUGUCGUCAAGGUCAACACUGUACAGGAAGUUGACGGCAACCACGACGCACCGAACCAGGACGGAGUAUUGCUUGACGAUGAAAAGAAGGAGCCAAGCAAGAAGAAGGAGAAAAAGAAAAGAUCAGAAGCGGAACGGAAAGAGAGAAAAGAAAAGAAACGCAGGAGAGCCGAAGAAAAUGGAUCUGUACCUCUCGAGCUGACGCGAGAAGAUGACGACAGGUCCCCCGAUGGUGCACCCGCCGUAUCCGGAACCACAAGUCCCAGGCCUCAGGAUCGACCAACUACAGAUCCUCUACGGAUAUAUCGGAGAUGCUGUCAAUUGCGAGAAACACCAAUUCUCAAACGCAUCGUCGAUCAGCUUUCGGCUCCCAAGGCAUGUUCGAUAGUCACGCCAGGGGUUGUCAUAUGCCUAGAUCUCACUGGAUCCAGGUUACAGCUUGCGGAUGUAGUUACACUUUCAGACUGGCUGGCUAUAGUCCCAGUGAAGAAACUCUUCCUUGAGGAUGCAGACUUGACAGAUGAGAAGGUCCGCGUUAUUCUCGCUGGUCUCCUCGCGGCUAAGGUUCCUGAACCCCCCAAAAGACGCCCAUUUUCUUCGGAAAAGGAGACAAAUAACGCACACAUCAAAACCGAAGAGCGCUUGGGGUGUGUCAAGAAACUCGUCUUGAAAAACAAUCCAAAAAUUGCCCUGGAAGGAUGGAAACACAUUAGUCUAUUCAUAUAUCUGUGCAAAUCAAUCCAGGCUAUCGAUGUUUCCAUGAUACCUUUCCCAAACUCGGCACCCCAGUUGUCACCACAAACCUCAGAUCACUCGAAUGGUUCCACCGCCCCAACCACUAAGCCAUCGAGGGACGUCGCAGACACUUUAUCAAAGGCCAUAUCCGAACGGCUCGGUGGAUCGGACCUUGAAGAGCUAGUCAUGUCGGAAUGCUCCUUGACAGCCUCAAGUAUUCGGAAGAUCAUCGAUGGCAUUGUCGUUAGUGGUGUUCAAAGACUUGGACUCGCUGGCAACGACAUCGACAAUGAAGGGCUUGGUCAUGUCAUUCACUACCUUCGAUCUGGUGUUUGUCAAGGUAUCGAUUUAGGAGGGAAUGAUCUCCGAGAUGGAAUUAGUCGAGUAGCUGAAUGUUUAACCAGGAACAGUCCACUCUGGGCGUUAAGUCUGGCAGACUGCGACCUAACACCUGAGUCGUUGAAAAUUCUCUUCCCGGCGCUGGUUCAUUUGCCAACCUUCCGCUUCUUGGAUCUAUCACACAACAGAGAUCUCUUCUCUCAACAAACGUCUCUCUGUAUCCUACGAAAGUACAUUCCGCAUUUGAGGGAGCUAAAGAGGAUUCAUCUUAUGGAUGUGUCUUUGACGCCCGCAGAAGCUAUCGGUCUUGCAGAAGUUCUGCCAGAAUGCUCGCACCUGGCACACAUCAGCAUUCUCGAGAACCCUCGGAUAACGGCUAUUUCGAUAGCUAACGACGAAGCGAGCCAGGAGGAGGCGGCUGCACUAUACGCCUCCUUAAUGGUAGCCGCGAAGGUCUCUCACACCUUGAUUGCAAUCGACGUCGAUGUCCCUGGGCCCGAUACUAGCGAGGUUGUCAAGGCACUUGCGAAGCAAGUCGUUGCGUACUGUCUGCGGAACAUGGAGAGCUUCUCCGAGAUCCCUGAGUUGAAGCCUGUGCAAAAGGAGGUGGAAGUACCAGACGUACUGAUGCACCUUGUAGGGCAUACAGAAGGCUACAGUGUCAACCGUGAUAACGACGACCCUGCUCCGGGUAACGACUACAUUGUAGGUGGCACAGGAGUGGUCAAGGCGCUAAGCUAUUGUCUACUACAGAAGGCUACGGACCUUCGUAGACAAUCUCUUCCGGCGAGUGGUACAAUCACCCCCCAAAGCCAGAUUGGAUCAAAUUCGGAUGAUUCGGGUAAGGCUAAGACCAUGUCCAAGAAUUUGCUGGAAAGCGCGCGAAACAUCAGAGCUCGGCUGCAGCCGGCAAUGGUGCGUGAAGCCAAAGCCGGCAAUGAUAUGGGAUAUCGAAAACUUCUCUUCCUUGAUCAGACAUUGCAAGGCAUGAUCCAGCGGUUCGAAGACGAAUACCCAGAGACGCGACUCCAGUCCACGGACGCUGCAUCCGUUCACAGUUCCACGCCCAGCACUUCGCCGCCCACAUCCACCGUCCCCACCCUAUCAACCAGCAUCACGAAUGCAGGCCAGGAAUCCGACGAUGACGAACCGAAAGCCCUGCGCUCCAGACACAACUCAGACGUCUCUCUCGCUUCUCGCGCACUCUCCCUCGAAGAAGGCCGUCUCCACCGUCUCGGCCACCGCGUCCGCACCGAAAUCCUCAACGCCUCCCGUCCCCCAACUCCACACUCAGACCAAGCCAACCUCUCAGGCUCUUUAGAUCACCACGAGCUUCCAGACCAUCUUCUCGCGCUGCGUGAAAAAUUCCAGAAUUACAGCGGUGAGGAACUGAGGGCGAUGACGGAGGAUAUGGGCUGGGAGCAGGCGUUUGAUGAGAUUAUUGCGAAUGCGGAGGAGUUGAGGAUUCUGGAGAGGGAGAGCCCGGAGGAGUUUAGGAGAUUUAGAGAAAGCCAGAUUGCGGCGCUUAAGAAUCGAGAUCCGGAAAUUAACGGGAAGGGAGAGGAGGGGAAGAAAGACGGUGGGGAUGAUUAUGCAAUUGAGGAAUAA